AUGCUGACAUUUUUAAUAGAUAAGGUAACUGGUGAGGGAGAGGAUAAGUAUUUGAUUGCUACUGCUGAACAGCCACUUUGUGCUUAUCAUCUUGAUGAUUGGAUUCAUCCUUCACAAUUGCCAUUAAGGUAUGCUGGAUAUUCAUCUUGCUUCCGUAAAGAAGCUGGUUCGCAUGGAAGGGAUACUCUUGGAAUUUUCAGAGUGCAUCAGUUUGAGAAAGUGGAACAGUUUUGCCUUACAAGCCCAAAUGGCAACGACUCCUGGGAAAUGCACGAGGAAAUGCUCAAAAACUCUGAGGAGUUCUAUAAGAUGUUGAAAAUUCCCUAUCAAGUUGUGGCCAUCGUUUCUGGUGCAUUGAAUGAUGCAGCUGCAAAGAAGUAUGAUUUGGAAGGGUGGUUUCCUUCAUCCAGUACUUACAGAGAGCUUGUCUCCUGCUCAAAUUGUACAGACUAUCAGUCAAGGAGAUUAGAAAUUCGCUAUGGGCAGAAGAAGAACAACGAGCAGGCAAAGCAAUACGUACAUUUGUUGAACUCUACCCUCACAGCGACAGAAAGAACAAUGUGCUGCAUCCUUGAGAACUACCAGAAGGAGGAUGGUGUUGAGGUACCAGAAGUGUUGCGAGAGUACAUGGGUGGGGAGACAUUUCUUCCUUUCUUGCAAGCACCAACCAAAGAAGUGAAAGGAAAGAAAUCCAAAGCUUGA